CAUUUGACUUUGGAGUCGAGUUGCGAGUUGCGACUUGCGAUUGUAUAAUGUUGAUGUUUAUGUUUUAUUAUUUCGUAUAAAAAAAAUGAAAUAAAGAAACAGUAGUUAGUAAAAAUGGAAACAACAAAACACAUAUUUACUUAUAAUGAGAAGAAAUGUUUACGUGAUAUUGUAAAGAAAUACUAUGCUAUUGUAGAAAAUAAGGAUAUUCACACCGAAGCCGUAAGGCAAAAGAAUGCAACUUGGCAACAAAUUGGUGAAGAAUACAACGCUUGUCCACACGUGUCAUUCCAUGCAACACCAAAACAGUUAAGACGAUUAUGGCUCAAUUUGAAACAAAGGAGCAAAGCCAAACGACAAACAAUAAUUCUAAAAAAAGAACCUGAACUGAAUGGUACACAGAAUGAGGAUCCUUUGAGAGUUGAGUUACUAGAAAAGGGUAUCAAUGAGUUACAAACUUUUAACUAUAGGGAUCAACAGGAAGAAUGUAGAAAGAAUGAAAAGCAUGAAAUAGAAAUGCACAUUUUAAAGGAACGGUUAAGAGAGGCUAAGGCAAAGGCAGAUUUAGCUGAGCUAAUAUACAACCAGCAGUUUAAUAAAUCUGAAAUAGAGCAAACAAACUACAAAUAAAGUUGUGCCCAUGACUAACAGAUAUUAAACCUGUUAUGCCUUUAAGAACUCACUGAGCAAAAGCUGUGUCACAAAACUGAACAAAUAUGUCCCCGAAAUAAUGAACUGCUUUGGGGAUGAUUAAUUUUUUAAACUGGUUUCGAGUUUGAUGGAAGACACAGAACGGUAAUCACAUUCUUGUAUGUGAAGGUCAAUUAUUAAAAUAUACUGGAAAUACAACAUAAGGAACGGUACAGGAAAUUCUCUCUUUCAUUAGUCCCUAGGAAGGGAACCCUAUUU